CCGCUCUUCCCAGCAAACCGAGGGAGGGAUCAUGCUUGGUGUUGCAGAAAAAGAGUUGAUUUAUUCCAUUUCCAUCGUCUUGCUUUCGCUGAGGCAGUUCCCAGCGGAGGAAACGGCAUGGACAGGCACAAAGAAUACAGUCCACUCCCAGGUGCACCAUGAAAUCAUAAGACCUCAGUGGAGAGCGGAUGGAAACUCUGGCAGUGAUAAGCAUCCACCCAGAGCAGAAAUCAAGAUAACAGCUGAAGGAAGAAACUACAUCUUGGAUGUUGAGAAGAAUGAGCACCUCUUUGCACCAGGCUACACUGAAACUCAUUAUACCAAGAGUGGAGUCCCCCACACUGUCACUUUGAAUACUACAAAUCAUUGCUUUUACCAUGGUAUCGUGAGGGGCAUGGCAGAUUCAAGUGUGGCACUCAGUACAUGCAGUGGUCUACGAGGCCUUAUAGUUCUAGGCAGCAACCUCAGUUACAUCUUGGAACCACUUCCUCAUAGCCAGGAGCAACACUCAAUCUACAGGUCUGAACAUCUCAAGUUUCCGAGGGGUACCUGUGGAAACCAGCAUUUGGGGUCAAAUACCAUGGAUUGGCUGACUGAGUUGACAGGCCGAACUGAGCCACAUUAUCACAGAGUAAAGAGGGAUGAUCAACAGUCUAUGAAAUAUGUGGAGCUUCUACUAGUGGCUGAUCAUGCAGAGUUUCAGAAGCAUAAUUACGACCUUCAAGCAACCAAGAACAAGUUAGUGGAGGCUGCCAAUUAUGUAGAUAAGUUUUACAAAUCCUUGAACAUACGGGUUGCUCUGGUUGGACUUGAGGUCUGGAAUGACCAUAAUAAGUGUGACAUCUCUGCGAACCCACAUUCAACCUUGUGGUCUUUUCUUUCUUGGAGGCGCAAAAUGCUCACGCAUAAAAAGCAUGACAAUGCCCAGCUGAUCACUGGGAUGUCCUUCCAUGGUACUACUAUUGGCUUGGCACCUUUGAAGGCCAUGUGUUCUAUCUAUCAGUCUGGAGGAGUGAAUAUGGAUCACUCUGAAAAUGCCAUUGGAGUUGCUGCCACUAUGGCCCAUGAGAUGGGACAUAAUUUUGGCAUGAGCCACGAUUCAGCAGGCUGCUGCACUGCCAGUCCUAUAGAUGGAGGCUGCAUCAUGGCUGCUGCAACAGGGGACCCAUUUCCAAGGGUUUUCAACAGGUGUAAUAGGAAGGAGCUGGACCGGUACUUGCAGUCUGGUGGAGGGAUGUGCCUUUACAAUAUGCCAGAUACCAAGACCUUAUAUGGAGGGCAGAGAUGUGGAAAUGGUUAUCUGGAAGAAGGGGAAGAGUGUGAUUGCGGGGAAGCAGAGGAAUGCAAUAAUCCUUGCUGCGAUGCUGCUAAUUGCUCUCUGAAGCCUGGUGCUGAGUGCGCUCAUGGGACCUGCUGUCACCAAUGCAAGCUGAUCUCACCAGGAACUCUUUGCCGGGAACAAGCUAGACCAUGUGACCUGCCAGAAUAUUGCACAGGCAAAUCACCGUUCUGCCCAGCAAACUUCUACCAGAUGGAUGGCACUCCGUGUGCAGAUGGGAGAGCAUAUUGUUACAGCGGAAUGUGCCUGACCUACGAACAGCAGUGCUUGCAGCUGUGGGGAUAUGGAGCGAGGCCAGCACCCGACCUCUGUUUUGAGAGGGUUAACGCUGCUGGAGAUUCCUAUGGGAACUGUGGGAAGGAUAUCAAUGGCAGAUACAGGAAAUGCGACACAAGAGAUGCUAAGUGCGGCAAGAUACAGUGCCAAAGUUCUGCUUCCAAGUCUUUGGAGACCAAUGCUGUUCCCAUUGACACAACUAUCACAUUAGAUGGAAGGCAGAUCCACUGCCGCGGGACUCACGUAUACCGAAAUGAAGAAGACGAAGGGGAUAUGUUAGACCCAGGCCUUGUGAUGGCAGGAACAAAGUGCGGCGACAGUCAUGUUUGCUUCGAGGGGAGCUGUCGGAACACCUCGUUUUUUGAUACUGGAGACUGUGGGAAGAAGUGCAAUGGGCAUGGAGUUUGCAACAACAACCAGAACUGUCACUGUUUCAGUGGAUGGGGACCUCCAUUUUGCGAUAAAUCUGGGAAUGGAGGAAGCCUGGACAGUGGCCCCAUGCCUCCAGAAAGUCUUGUUCCAAUCCUAGUAGGAGUCUUGGUUUCCAUCUUGCUUUUGAUUGCAAUUGCAGCUGCUGUUUGCUGCUAUAAAUGGAGAGCCAGGCUUGUGCCACAAAAACAGACUAUCUUUACUCCAAAGAAAACCCAGCAGUUCAGCUCUCCUCCUCCCAUUCCGAAUGUUGCCAAUGGCCACGCCAACCCAGCCUUCAAGCUGAAAACUCCACAGGAACAUAGAAAGGUUAUUGGCAUACCAAAUAUCCCUCCAAAACCUGAAGUGCUUUACUGCCAGCCACCUCCUGAGCUCAAAAUCCAUGUACAACCACCACCUGCGCUUCCCGCUAACUACACAAAGAAACCUCCCGUUGUAGUGCAUCAAACCGAGGUCAAGAAUCUUCCAAGGCGAACUCCACCAAACAGACCUGCGCCGCCAGCUCCAAAAGUCAUUGUUCCGCAGGAUUCUUCCAGACCACGGCCACCUCAGAAAGCUCUUCCUGCGAAUCCGAUUCCGGCAAGCAACAGAGCUGGGCUUCCCAAGCUAAAUACAGCCCCAGUACCACCACUUCACGGUCCUGCAAGGAAUACGGGAGCACACCAGCAUUUUAUGGAGCUGGGCCUGGCUGUUGUUCUAGAACAAGGAAGUGUGACUGCCCAGGCCCAAGAGGAUAGCAGGAUCAUCUUGAUCAAGAAGUCAGACAAUGCUUUCAGAUAUCAUAUGGAACUCAAUCCAUGA